AUGAUCCAAUACACCUGGGGCGCUCGGCUCUGUUUGACAUUUAAAAGAAUCAUUACAGGCUCGUAUUUGGGCGAAAACAGCUUGCCAAGGCGCCGCGCUGAGACUUCCAUGGGCCGCAACAGAGUCCUCUCGUUCGUCUCACAGCAGUUCUCCCCUGGCUCCAAGAGCCCGCCCACGCCCGCCGCCUCGCCUCCAUCCUCGACGUCUCCCAUCGCCGCCGCCGCCGAGACGUUCCCUGACCAUCAGAUCGGCCGCAACCUCCCUCCCACGCCGCCCUCCUAUCCGGACUAUGGCACAGUAGACCCGGCCACCCCCGACAGUCCUCCUCACAAGCGUCAGCGCAGCCACUCCCGACCGCUGUCCAUCAGCUCCUACCAGCCCGCCCUCAUGGACAUUACCGAGGACACCAUCCCGGAGCUGCAGCCCGUCUUCUCCUUUCUCAACUCCCACUCCAACAAGCUCUACCAGGAGGGCUACUUUCUCAAGCUCGAUGACCAAAACACACAGGGCAAACCCAAUGCCGACCGAACAUGGACAGAAUGCUUUGCCCAGCUCGUCGGCACCGUCCUCUCCCUCUGGGACGCCGCCGAGCUUGAUGCCGCCGGCGAGGAUGGCGAGGUCCUCCCCAAGUUCAUCAACUUGACUGAUGCCUCCAUCAAGAUGAUCGAGUCCCUCCCUACCCGCUCCAAGGACGAGCAGCCUCUGCAAAACAUUCUCAGCAUCUCUACCGCUGGCCGCAACCGAUACCUCCUCCACUUCAACUCUCACCACUCCCUGGUCCAAUGGACCGCCGGCAUCCGCCUCGCCAUGUACGAGCACUCCACCCUCCAAGAGGCCUAUACUGGUGCCCUCAUUGCCGGCAAGGGCAAGACUCUCAACAACAUCAAUGUCAUUCUCGAGCGCGCCCGCUUUCCCACCGAAUCCUGGGUCCGUGUCCGCUUCGGCGCUGGUGUUCCAUGGAGACGCUGCUGGUGCGUCAUCACCCCUCCUGACGAAAAGGAGUACGCCAAGCAGCAAAAGGAGAUGAAAAAGCGCUCUGCCUACGACAGAUCCUCCGCCCCUGCGCUCAAGGGCGACAUCAAGUUCUACGAUCAGCGCAAAGAAGGCAAGAAACAGAAGAAGCUCCAGCCUAUUGCUUCCAUCACCGACUCUUACGCUGCCUAUGCCAUCUACCCCCAGGCCAAGUCGCUCGUCGAUGCUUCCACGCUCAUCAAGAUCGAGGGCAACGUUUCCAUCCACACCGAACCUCCGUCCUCCACCGAGGGCUUCGUUUUUGUCAUGCCCGAGAUUCAUCCCAUGGUCAGCGGCUUCGAAAUGCUGCUGCGCAAUCUCCUACCCGCCUGGGACACGUUCGGCCUCUAUGGCCGUCCUGGCCGUCUCGUCGCCAGCGUCCUCGACCAGCGAUCCCUCAUGUUCGCCAUGCCCAAGCAUAAGCGUUACGGCUACCUUGAGAUUCUUGACGUCGCUGCCCUCAUUAACGAACAGGGCAGCUCGAGCUGGAACGAGCGCGAGUGGCGCAAGCGCCUGAAGGAGAUUACUGGCACCCGCAUGAACGCUAUUGAGGAGGGCGGUCCCCGAACUGGCCGCCUCAGUGCCAGCAGCCCCAUGGGUGGUCUGCGACCCAAGGUUGGAUUUGCCGAUGAUCAGGCGUCCACGCGAUCGUCGCGCUCCCAUUCCCUCAACGGUGGCCACAGAACCGAUUCUGCUCCCCCCGAGGGCCAAGGCAACUGGCAACAGCCUGGCUUGGAUGCCAAUGCCAGACCUUAUCCCGGCGCUCCCGGCGGCCAAGGCAGCCCUGGAGGUCCUAUGCCCAACAUAAUGUAUCCGCAAGAACUGGGCGGCCCCGAAGACGGCCGCUCGACUCCUCAAAUGAUGCGCAACAUGAACACGCCGGAGCCUGUGUCCCGCCCGCCUGCAUUCCACCACAAUUCUCAAGAUCGCAUCAAUAAGGCCUACCACUCUCCUGAGCUCCGUCGCGCUAACAGCCGACUCUCCAGCUCCACGCUGGCUCAAAUGCAAGAGGCGAGAAACAACUCGUACACCAACGAGCUUGACGGCCAACCCAUGCCUGGCGGCAACGGCCCGCCACCACCGCAGCACAGCCAGGGUCAGUACAUGGGCGGACCCGGCCCUCAAGGUCGCUCUCCUGGACAGCAGCCGCCAUCCCUCAAUCUCCCACCUGGCCCGGGCCAGGGCCGAUCUAACUCGCCCUACGGACCACCGAGCCCCGGCAUGGGUCCCGGCAUGGGCCCCGGUCCUGGCAUGGGCCCUGGUCUCGGCCCCAGUGGCCGUCCGCCCACCGCGGAGGGUCGUCGCUCGCCUUAUCCUCCCGGCCAGGGCCCACCACCCGGCCAAGGCCAAGGACGCGGCCGACCGCCGCCCGGCCAGGAGAACUAUAGACCUGGACCUGGCGGACCCGGACCCCGCGGACCCGGAGGACCCGGAGGCCCGCCUGGGCCUAUGCACCGAAAGCCUAUGCCUAUGCGCGGACCCCCUCCUAACCGUGGUCCGCCGACAUCUGCCGACGAUAUUAUCGACGCCUAUAGUGAGAUGCGUGGUCCUUCUGGUCCUCCCGGCCCUGGUGCUCCUCGACCGCCGCCUCAUGGCGGCCCCCCCGGAGGCAACUACGGACCCGGCCCUGGCCAGGGACGCCCAUACACACCCAACGGCGGCCAGGGACCACCACCUGGUAGCUUCUCGCGACCGAUGCGAACCCCACCCGGGGAGGGCCAAAGGCCUAUGCAUCCCCAGCAGCAGCCCCAAUACCAGGGACAGGCUUUCUAA